AUGAGCUACUAUGGCAGCUACUACGGAGGCCUGGGCUAUGGCCUUGGCUGUGGAUGCCACAGCUUUGGCAGGCUGGGCUGGGGCUCUGGCUACGGCUAUGGUUCUGGAUUUGGGGGCUGUGGUUACGGUUCUGGACUUGGGCGUUGGGGCUAUGGCUCUGGAUUUGGGGGUUAUGGCUAUGGUUCUGGGUUUGGGGGUUAUGGCCAUGGGUCUGGAUUUGGAAACUACGGCUGUGGGUACCGCCGCCCUUCCUGCUACGGGGGAUAUGGCUACUCCAGCGUCUACUGA